UGAGCGGUCUGCGGCCGCCGGCAGGGCAGUGCCUCUACCCUUCUCGGCCGCCGUAGUUGAGUCAAUAAACGGUUCCUCAGCAACGGGAAAAAACAGCUAGAACCAUCGGCACCAGCUCUGAGAGAACCAAGAGGUACAGUAGACAGUUCCUUCCAAGGAGAUGUCGAUUCCAUUCUCCAACACCCACUACCGAAUUCCACAAGGAUUUGGGAAUCUUCUUGAAGGGCUGACACGUGAGAUUCUGAGAGAGCAACCGGACAAUAUACCAUCUUUUGCAGCAGUGUAUUUUGAGAAUCUUCUAGAGAGAAGAGAAAAAACCAACUGUGAUCCGGCAGAAUGGGGGGCUAAGGUAGAUGACCGCUUCUACAACAACCAUGCAUUCAAGGAGCAAGAACCACCUGAGAAGGAAGAGUCUCAGACAUCUGUGAAGGAGGAGACACCAGUCACAGACUUCGAGUUUUCUGAAGAAGAUAAAAAAAAAGAAGAGAAUGCUGCUGUCAAAAUCCAAGCAGCCUUCCGGGGACACUUAGCCAGAGAAGGGAUGAAGAAAAUGAAAGAUGGUGAUCUUCAAGAAGAGAAAACACAGGACAACAACUGAGGAGACUGGGCUUGCCCCAAAAACAUGAAAAAAUAAUUCAAACCCAUCAACCUUGUCGUGCUUGUCAUUUUUUUUCUUAGUAAGGGAGAUUCGAUGUAGUGAAAUACCAUUUGUUGCUGUUGUGAAAAUCUGUCAUGAGCAUUUGUUUAAUAAACAUGCCAUUGAACACAUGCUUCUUGAAAAUG